CGGCUAUCGAUGGCAGCGCCAUAAGUCAGCAGCUCUAUGAUUUCUUCGCGAAACAGGCUAAAGAUAUCUUUGCGGCGCUCGGCGCUUACAAAGCUGAGGAGACCAAGACGCAAGAAGAGCAAGAUGCGGUGGACGCGUCGAUGGCCUCCGAGGAUGCAGUUGCUGUGUCGGACAAGGAUAAAGCACGCGGUGUUGUUGAUGGCACUUCUGAGUCGUCACGUCGUCCCACCGGAGUGCCCCUGCGUCAGCCUGGAGGGAUUGUGAUGUUUAAUGCUCAUGGGAAUGAAGAUUGUGGUGUCUCAGCUAUUGCGAAUGCGAUGCAGCUGUUCGAGGAAGGUGACUUGUCCAGUUGCAAUCUUGUCGAUUUCAAAAAUGGAUUCCGUUUGAUGGAUGGAGAGUCCGGCCGAGCGGCCCUCCAACCGCAGGUCUUGAAUGAUGUGUCCACAGCCAAGUCGACAGAUGGUCUUGUACCCAUGGACGACGCAAAAACUGCAACUGUGGGUGCACCUCAAUUGCCAGCGACGCUCCUGCCGUAUCGCGGACCACCGUUUUUGGGACUGCUGACUGAGGCAGUGGCGACGAAGCACCCGCUUCUUUUGCUGUCUGAAAAGAUCGACAAGCUGGACUGGGCUGCCGAUCGUCCGUCGGUGAUGCUGAUUUCGGAUAGGUGCCGAAUCCCCUACGAAGCCAUGGCCUUUGACCAGUAUUACAACAAAGACUCAGGUGGCACUGCUCGGAGGGAGCAGACUUCGACCACUGGGUCGUGUUCAGGAAGCGACCGGACCCGCAUCAAUAACACAGCUCUGGUGCUUGUCAAGACGCAUUCCUUCGCAACCGGUGACAGCAAUGCUGAGGAACGUUUGGCGGAGAGCAGAAGCGCGCUUCAGGACUUGGAUUUGAACCCGGCUCUGCUUUGUGGCCCUGAAUCCCUGGUGGUUGCCGUGGUUGUAGAUUCAACGAGCCAAAGACCAGAGUUGCUUCGCGUGGUGAAGCACUCUACCCUGAAAAGCGCCGACAGUAGAGAAGCACUUGUUGCUUCCAAAGCUGAUUUUCUCUCGAAGGACGAAGCGGAGGUGUCGGGCGCUGGAAAAAUCACGGAGUUCCUCAAGUCCUUGGGGCAGUGGAUUCGUGCUGAGCGUCCUGUCAAUAAUCAGACACCUGCUACUAGCGCUUUGCUGCGCACGCGGAAGGAGAUUGUAGGUGCUGCUAUGGAGCAAAUUUUCCGCGUCCUGACUCUUACCGAAGGAACGGACAGUGGAGAUGGAGACGAUGUGCUGCAGAUGGCCACCUCCUCUGAAGAGCAAAAGAUUGCUGCAUUGAUGGAAGUCCCCCCCAAAGCACUCUACUCAGGAAGCAUUCUCAAAAAGGUUCAGGAUCAAGAACUGACGGUUUCGUUGCUCAGUGAAAACCUGCUUGACUACGGCACUUCCCUUGGCGACAAAGUUGUUAUCGGCGUCCGCAAGCAAAUUCUGAGGGAGCUUCGGCAAAAUUUCCCAAGAACGCUCCGCACUAUGCUUGCCGCUGACGACGAAAAGACACCUCUUGCUCCCGUGCAACCUCCUGUGGGAGGCAGUGCGCCGGCAAUCGGAGGUGAUCAACAAGUUGCGCUCCACGAUGAGACUGUGAUACUCGCGAAAGCACGAGCUAGACGUCGUGCGAAGAUUUUCGAGACUUGCGUUGCUUUUAGUUUGGAGAGAAACCUCUUUCCUCUGCUUUCGAAACUUGGCUCCAGCCUUGCGUGGCAGGCCUCGGAGGAGGAGGUGGAGGAAGUCCGCUGUGCGUUACGCGACGAAGCAUGGUGCGCGGACUUCGUCACCGCGUGGUUGCUGGAAAUCCUGAGCGAUGAGGUUUUGGAAUUGACGUCGCGUCUGAAAGACGUCAAGGUACCAGUAACCGACCUGGAAACGAAAAACGGUGUCUUUCUUCCCGGUUCGGCGCCAAGUGGUUCAAGCACGUCCCCUUGCCCGCUGAAGCCGGGUUCGCCAUGGGCAGGCGUUCGUGAUGGUUCUUCGGAGGAAGAGCCUCCGGCUGUAGGAAGUGGCGACUUCAUGAUGAAGAGCGCUUGGGAACUGGAGGAUCAGGGCGCGGAGACCAAGUACUUAACCUGGGCUGCCGCCAAAUCCGAUAACGACCGAUCCCUGAUUCUUAAGAAGCUCUGGCAACGUGGAGAAACCGCGAAAAUGCAAAUGCUGGGAGAUUACAAGACUGGGCGCAACAAGCUAGCCCGUGCCGUGAACCACUUCAUGCGCGUGUUGGAUUUUGGAUCCAAGCGUCGGAAAAACGUUACCUACGGCGUGCUCAUGGAACUCGCAAGCAAAGAAAAGCGCGGCGCCCGUCGACAAGCGAAGCUUGACAAAGCUAAGAGCAAUGAGGAGGCGCUCUCGAAAAUGAGUACCGACGCCUUUCUCAGCUAUUACGCCGACGAGGACGUCUGCAAGCACGUUCUCAAUGGCGUUAGUCCAUUGCUGGAAGACACGCAACAGCUCGAAAAGUACAUGCAAGCGAUGGCGAUGAAGAAAACCUUCCUCAUAGACAGCGUGCGACUGAUGACAUCCGCGCCCGGAUUGAAGCCGAAAGAUGGCCCCGUGACGGGCGACGGCGUGCGCAUUCCGAAUGCACAGCUCAUCCCGUGGACAAGCCGUGACGGCUACGGAUCAAGCGUGGUGAAGGGUUCAAGGCUCCAAGUCGUUGCUGCUCUCGACUACGAAGUUCCAUCUCUUCCAUCCACAAAGACCACGGCGCUGGAUGAAGCAGGCAUGGAGGUGGUUGAGCACGAAUCCGCGAGUGCGGCGCAGCUGCGCGAGUUUCAGCGACCGCUGUUGACUGCGGACGACCGAACUCUGACGCUGUCCAGUGAUAUCUUCUCAGAGGUCCUCGACAUUGACUUGUCCCGAAAAGGAAUCCAACUAAACGAUGAGAUCACUGCAGCUGUUCCCGGAAGUGCAACAGCGACUACCGGGUGUCCCUUACCCUGUGUGGUGUACAAGCCGACUAUGGGCGCUGCUCCGAUGGUGCCGAUUCCUAUCUUCACGCGAUUUUGUGAGGAUGAGAAGUACCAGAAGCAGAACAGUUACAUCGCGUGGGAUGUCGAAUGCGUGCAGGAAGACGUGCAUCUGUGGCGACUGGCGUUCUUGCAAGUUUGUCAGAAGUCUGCGGCCUUGCGCCGCAUGACGUUUUUUCCUGGCGAGGCGCAUCGGUCAGCGGAGAAAAUCGAGAAAGCACGUUUCUGGGAAUGGUUCCUCCUCAAAGUGCUUUUGGAUAUGGCGGAGAGCUUGGCGUCUCGCCGUGUCUUCAAAAAAAAGGAAGACGCGGAGCAGACCGACUUAGGAAGCAAAGUUGACAAAGCUCUGACAUUGCUAGAAGACCGCGAUACAGCGUCCAAGAUGAAGGAUGAUGCUGUUGCGCCUGCCGGUUCCUCUGGCGAAAGCGCAGCUACUUCAGGCUUGAGCAUGUUGGGUAAGAAGAAUGACAAGAAAUCUCCUUCAAGUUCUUCGACUAGCAACAUCGAGGCACUUGUGGUUGCCGCAUCGGCAAGCAGCUUUCACAAGCUGUCGAAAAAAGAGCGCAAAGCCGCCAAAAAACAGGCCAGUGCGUUGAGCAACGAUUUCCAGGUUGUGAUGGAAGAAGCCGGACUGAGCGCUUCUCUCAAGGAUCUGGCGGAACGACGGCAGAAGUUCUCCAUUCGGCCAAAGUCCGCUGAGGCGCAAGAUUCCUUGCCGAGCAUGAUGCGCAGUCUGUGUCUCACUGCCUGUGGCGUGCUCGCCAGCGGGGAAAACCCUCUUGGAUGUGCGUGGUCUGUGUUCAAGAACCUGAAAAGCUCGCGACCCGACGUACCACACGAUCCCCGGGACUGGUAUGCACUGCGCAAGCUGGCUCACGUUAUGCCAGCCACAGGUAUGGACUUUGGCGGCUUUUUCUACUCUCUGCGCUGGCUUCUGAUUCGUUUCCUGCAUCAGUGGGCAGCGCCCUAUCUAGCUCAGCUAUGGAAAGCGAAGGACACGGAAAUGCGCGACUUUCAACGGAAAAUGCAGACGGAUCGCAAAAAGGACAAGCCCGAUAAAAAAAACGUCUGGGAGAAAGAAGUUAUCCCUCGUGCAGCUUUUUCUGGCGUCGAAAUUAUCAAAUCCAAAGUUUCCGACUCUGCAGAUUCAAACCAAGAGGUCACGACGAGUGUCAAGGAUGAAGGUGAUUCUGCGCAACCGGAACAUGAACAAGAUGAUGUAAUCAUGUCUUCUGAGCAAGGCGAAAGCGCGACAGCCACGGCUGAAAAUCCUGAAAUGAAAGACGCGUCAGUAGCAGCAGCUGUCGCUGGAGAGAAAGAGUCCACCUCUGCGACCGCGCUGCAGAAACAAGUAGCCGACGUCUUUUACAAGUACAAGCGCGAUAGACUCUGCAGCAAGUGCUGGGGUCUCUUGCCGGCAACGCAUUUCUCGAAGCGUCAGUUAAGCCGCGGCAAUGCACUGGCAGCUGAGGACGUUGUAACCGCGUCUGUGCAGGGCGGCAAGGGGGAAGCCGAGGACACGAAGAGGUACAACAAGUACGAGAAAGCACCGAAAAAGCGGUACGUUGCGGCCGCUCCGGAGGUGGCUUCCCUAGAGGACGAAGAGGCCUUCCAAGAGCGCUAUCUCAAGAAAACUGGAAAGUCGCUUCCCGCGGUUCUGGAGAAUCAAUCUCCGUCCAUGCUCGCGCGCGAUGAUCGUGUCCUCACGGUCCGGGCCGCCAUUCUUGACCUGCGUCAAAAACGUGUCUGUCUUGCCUGUAUGUCAGGAGUCAAGUGUCUCAUUUCCGAUAAGGAUUUGGUUGAAAACGGCUCCGCGAAACGCUCUCUCAAGAAAGCGGAACUCAGCACGGGAUCUCACGAACCCAAUCCCCUCAUUGGCAAUGGUGCAGGCAGUGGCUCAAGUAGUACCUACGAAUACGCGCCUGCGUCCAGAACAGCUGCAAGAAAUGCAGAUCACCUUCUCGAUAAGGGCCUCCUUGACAAUGUUGCGCAACAAACGAUUGGACCACAAGCUCCGAUUCCCUUUGUGGAUACUUUUGCCACCACCGGUGCGGGUUUGAAAAGCUUGCCUGCAGUGAUGUCAACAGCCUUUCCGGUGCCCAGGCGCUUCACGCAAGACUACAUGCUGAUCCUCGCGCAAGAGAGCACAAAGAAGCGUCUGGACUCCAUGGCGGCCUAUCGCGCCGAGCGUCGUGCCAAGAAGGACCGAAAGCGGUCUGCGGUGCAACGCAAGCAGGACGAAAUCGUAAGAAAACGAGCGCGCGCCGAUAAAGAGGCGGCCUCCGCUGGAACGAAGCCAGGAGCUGGGAAGACUCUCUUCCAAAAAACGUUCGUGCGUCAUCGGCUUUUGCCGGCCGUUGUCCCGACGGAUAUCAUAGAGCGAUUCAGGAAAUUGAGUAUCGAACGUGGACUGGUACCAGUGCGGACAGAAGCUGUCGAGGAUGGCGAAAAAAGCCCCAAACACUCGGAGGAUAAGGACGUCGAAGCUCAGGGUGUAAAGCGUCGAAGGCUCUCCGCAGAACCCGUUCAGCUGUCUCAAAAUGGGAAUAACAACGACAGCAUCGAGGUCGUAGCAGCGAACGUGCCUGUGGAUGGGGCUUCCUAUACGCACGUUGCGACAUCGUCAUCGAGUGCUGCUGUUCCUUCUACUGCUACAUCAGCCGCCAACGUGUUUGCCGAUGACUUUUCGUUUCUGCAUGCAUUAGUCUUGCUUCCCGAUCAGACCCACCGAAUCAGUGACAAUGCGACGAUGUUGAGCGCGCAGGAUCAAGGUGUCCUACAUGCCGUCGACUCCGGCACUGCGGCGGCUAUGCUCAAUCGGUACUAUAGGGGACCGCAGUAUUUUCAGGAACUUUUGGAACUAUUCUCCUUAGCUGGUCUAGGCAGCUCGCACGAGGCUGUUCUUGGCAUUGUGCGGAUGCUCUUGCUGCUCGGCCGCUCGGUAAAAGACCCCGCGACGCGUGAAAAGACGCUUCUCAAAAUCCUAUCCACCUCCAAGGACGGAAAGUGGCUGCUUACAGGCGUAUAAAAAUAGAGUUGACAGCUCGAAAACGUUUUUGAUACAAAUUCAUGUAGAAAUUGAAAAGAAUUUAAUAGAGAAAAGAAGAAACAACUCUCCAGUGAGCCCAGCAAGACGGCAGACUUUAUGUCAGAUUUGCUUAUAUCGUCCAUAAUUGGUUAUAUCUUCAUGCGCAAAGACUUAUAUCAUCCACGACAAGAAGUUAAGAGAAAAUUCAUGUAGAGAAGUUCGUUGGUAUUGACGCUACAGCCACCAGAUAUUUACACAUAACGAGUGUCACCUUUGUGCUGGAGUUUCGAUAAAGCACCACACAGGUAUCAAGAAAUAGAUGGCUACAGUACACUCGUCCCGCUCCUUCUGAAAAAGCAUACCGUUUUCAUUGUUUUCUUUUAAUAACGGCUGCAUGUGGUGAACGACAAGGAACAGGAAAUGUAUGAACAAAUAUGAAAACACAGUGAGAAGUAGAUUAGAAACGCGUUGUUACACGAUGACGAUCAACGAAGUAAGAUCUACACCGAGAGGACCGACCUGAAAAAAUGUAAGGCUCCAGUUUUGAAAAGUUUGAAGAUCGAAAAUUGUAAUCUUAAUCAGAGUUGUGUGAAAUCGUGAACUUGAACUACAACUGGAGGAAAAUUCUGUAUCAUUCCAGUUGAAAAACAAGUUUGGAAUUGUUGGAUUACCUAGUGGCCAUUCUAAUCCUUGUAUCUUGAAUUAGUCAGACAGACAAAUAUAUUAUCCAUGAAAAUAAAGCGAACCACCGCAGCUACUGUUUGGACGCGGGCCGCCUCCAU